AUGACAAAUGCUGCCCGAAAUGAGAGUGAUGUCAUCUUCAUCUUAUUAGGAUUCUCUGAUUACCCAGAGCUCCAGUUCCCUUUAUUCCUGGUAUUCCUGGUGAUAUAUAUUAUUACUGUAGCAGGAAACUUGGGCAUAAUUAUGAUCAUCAGGAUUAACCCCAAACUCCACACCCCCAUGUACCUAUUCCUUAGUCAUCUGUCUUUUAUAGAUUUCUGUUACUCCACUGUAAUUACACCCAAAUUAUUACAGAUCUUGCUUGUGGAAGACAGAAGCAUCUCUUUUGCUCCCUGCAUCACACAAUAUUCUUUUGCUGUCCUCUGUGUGGUCACGGAAGCAUUCUUAUUAGCAGUGAUGGCCUAUGACCGCUUUGUGGCAAUUUGCAAUCCUUUGCUGUACAUAGUUGUCAUGUCCCAGAAACGCUGUGCCCUGUUGCUGACAGCAGUAUAUACAUGGGGCAUAUUUUCUUCUAGCAUAUUCAUCUACUCUCUCCUUACAAGGUCCUACUUUGGGAUCAACAUCAUUAAUAAUCUUCUCUGUGAGUAUUCCGCUAUCGUUUCUGUCUCUAUCUCUGAUAAUCAUGUUAUGGAGACAAUCUUCUUUAUCCUUGCUAAUUUUAACACAUUUUCCACCCUCACUAUUGUACUUACAUCCUAUCUUUUUAUUUUUGUUACUAUCCUGAAGAUACAUUCAACUAGUGGGAGAUACAAAGCCUUCUCUACUUGUGCCUCCCACCUCACAGGUGUUACCAUCUUCUUUGGAACUAUCCUCUUCCUCUACUGUGUGCCCAGUUCCAAAAGCUCGUGGCUUCUAGUAAGAAUAAGCACUGUGUUUCCUACUGUGGUAAUCCCCAUGCUGAACCCCUUAAUAUACAGUUUAAGGAAUAAAGAUGUGAAAGAAACUGUCAGGAAUUUAAUGGAACUGCCAGUUAAAUGUUUAGGAAAGCAAAGUCCUCACGCUCCAGAUAAUACACAAGAGUCGAGACCUUCACCAUGUGCUGCAGCUGCCUCUGGAAAUGUCCCCUAUGCAGAGAUCAGAGCCAUUGACAAUUCUUAA